ACCUGCGGUGCUAUCGCUAGCCUGCUCUGUUUGGCAUACACUGCCAUAGCGACUUCCACACUACUUAAAGACUUGAGCAAACGCCCUCUUUCUCAUUCACACUCGGUGAGUCCAGCGCUCUGUGAAGCCGGUCGCGGUAUCACUGAACAUUACUUUUACUACAAGCCUGUUGCAGCGUUUUCGUACCUCGCCUUUUGGACAAGUUAGUUGGAUCUGUUGCCGGAAGGAUCUGAAGAAAGUCGUUGUUGUUGUUAUCAGAAGCUGUGCUAACUCGUGUAACGUGUAACUUAUGGGUUGUGGAGCAAGUUCUAACACCGCACAGUCGGCGCCUCCUGCAGCAGCGAAAGCACAGCACAGCAUGCCGCCCCCUAAGGUGAAACUUACCUACUUCGACUUCCGUGGACGGGCUGAGCCCAUCAGGCUUCUUCUGGAGGCGGGCGGAGUCAAGUACGAGUUCAACGGGAUCUCUCAGGACGAAUGGAAAAAUCUCAAACCAAUGGCCAUCACAGGAGGACUGCCUAUCCUGGAGAUUAACGACAAGCCGCUGGGAGAGAGUCUGGCUAUCGGCAGAUUCGUCGCAAGAAUGCACGAUAUGACAGGAGCAAAUAACUUCGACGCGGCGUGCUGUGACAUGAUCGUGGACACAGUGAACGAGAUCUUCUUCCAAAAGAUGGCACCUAUAAUGUUCAUGCCUGAAGAGGAAAGGCCGCCGGCCCUCAAGACACUUGUGGAAGAGUACAUGCCGGCAAAGUUCGCCAUCCUGCAGAAGUUUGCCGACAAGAACAACAACGGCUACUUUGUCGGAAACAAGAUCACGUGGGCAGAUAUCUACUUCUUCGCCAUCUUUGACCUGAUGAACGCCCACCUCCCGGCGGAGGCCUGUGAGAUGAUCAAGGGCAAGUUCGUCGAGCCCUGCCCGUCCUUCCAGAAGAUCCUCCACAACGUCAAGAACAACCCCGGCAUCGCCGCCUACCUGAAGAACAGAGAACCGCCGGUCACCGACGCGUAGUUGUGACCAUUAGAGUUCUCCUCCGUGCGAUCACAUUCGUUUUUUUUUUAAAUUCCAACA